GCGCGGUAAAGUUGUGAAGCGGAAGAGGGAUGCAGAGAAGAUGGCUGAACUUAGAUAGCCGACUGUUCGUGUUUGUCUUCAUCAUGGCGCUGCUCCGGAGCACAGGUGGACGCACAGGUAGACUGCUGGUGCUCGCGCUGCUAUUUGUGGGCUGCUUGGAGUCUGUAUCGAGUUUCGGUCAAAGCCUCGACACCGAGUUUACGUUUCUGCUGCCUGCCGGAACAUCCGGGUGUUUCUAUCAGACAGCGACGAAGAACGGGACGAUGGAGGUCGAAUACCAGGUGAUAGCAGGUGCAGGUAUGGAUGUAGACUUCACCAUCCUCACUCCAGAAGGCAUCCAGAUCGUCACGGAGUCACGGCGCUCCGAUGGAGUCCACGUGGUGGAGCCGACGGAGGCGGGGGACUAUGAGAUCUGCUUCGACAACAGCUUCAGUCGCUUCUCGGAGAAGACAGUGUUCUUUGAGAUCAUCAUUGAAGGUCAGGGAGGAGAUGUGGGAGGAGACGACGAGUGGGCAGGACUCGAUGAGCCUGAUGGAAGCCUUCUGGAGUACAAGCUAGACGACAUCCGGGAGUCCAUGGAUUCUCUGCACAGACGCUUGGAGCGCAGCCGGCAGAUGCAGACGGUGCUGCGGGCUUUUGAGGCUCGGGACAGAAACCUCCUGGAGGACAACCUGUGGAGGGUCUCGUUCUGGUCCUGUGCCAGCGUGCUGGUUCUGCUGUGUGUGGCCCUCACUCAGGUCUUCACCGUCCGUAAACUGUUUGACGACAGGAGGAGAGUCUGCACAUAGAGAGACAGCGAGGAAGACCAUGACAUCACAACAGGAUGGCGAGGAGGACCAUGACAUCACAACAGGACGGUGAGGAGGACCAUGAUGUCGACUCUGACCACAAACCAACAUUGUUUUAAAAAGCUCCUUAGUCUCACAGAGCAGGAUAUGUUGAAGGCUUCUGCAGAUCCAGGAACUAGAGGACUUUUUAGAGUAUUUCUUUCCUCAGGAUGAAGGUGGAUGAAGAUGAAGGUGGUUGAAGGUGGAUGAAGGUGGAGGUGGAUGGAGGUGAUCCACAGAUUGUCUUUGUUGAUGCUGCAUCUCUUCUUGCUCACAGAUUAGUAUCACUCCUUUUUAUUUGUUUUUUUUUGUUUCUUAGUGAUUUUGAAGUUACUGAUUUCUAUUCAGGUGCCGGUUUACGUCCACGCUGACAUGAUGAACAGAAUGAGACUUUAAAGUUGAAUAAUAAUGAAACUUUGGGUCAGAGUU